AAUAUUAUUUAUUGCUAAAGGAAAUUAAACGUAAACGGUGUUUAGUUGAGUUGUUUCCAUCGUGACACCAUAGUCAAAAUAAUAUUAAAAAAGUGCGCAAUAUGUGGAAAUUAUUCCUUGAUGAUUAUUCAGAUAAAAGAUUGAGUGAUUAUCCGCUCAUGGGUAAUUGCUCGACACUGAUCGGAAUAGUGGCGUGUUAUUUACUUUUUGUGCUGAAAUUAGGCCCGGCUAUGAUGAAAAAUCGUCCGGCGUUUAAUCUACGCACAGUUUUGCUUGUUUUCAACGCUGUGCAAAUCAUUAUGUGUUUGUAUAUCAUCACUAUGAUUGUUAAAACUAUUCCGUUGAAUGCUUUCACUUGCAUGACGAAUCAAACGACAAGUCCGAGUGAUUUGGUUUUAUUGAAUGUCUCAUACCUUUAUUGGGUUAUUAAGCUUAUUGAUUUGUUUGAUACGAUAUUUUUUGUUUUACGUAAAAAAUUCACGCAAAUUUCAACGUUGCAUGUUUACCAUCACACUUUGAUGGUUUCCGUUGGCUGGAUAAUUAAUAAAUAUUAUCCUGCCGGUGAAUUAGUGUGGCUAGGAUUACUCAAUAGUAUCGUGCAUGUUUUCAUGUACUUUUAUUACUUUUGUGCGGUGAUGUUCGAUGGCAAAAUUACUAUUUGGUGGAAAAAGUAUAUCACACAAGCACAAAUCUUACAAUUUAUCACACUGGGUACAAUUUACACAAUAAAACUAUUCGAUUCAACUUGUGAGUACCCCAAAGGUAUGCUGGUAUUCCAUCUUGGUCAAGUAUCUCUUUUGUGUUAUAUGUUUGUAAAUUUUUAUUACAACGCAUAUAUCAAGCAGAAAAAAACAACAAUUAAGAAAGUAGAUUAAAUUUUUAAAAUUUUUCGUUGAUAAUGUACUAAUGAUAAAAUAAAGUUACACAAAUUAUUCUAUUA